AAGCAGCCAAACCCAAAAAAAAAAAGAAAAAAAAAAGGAGAAAACAGAAAAAAAAACCUUGAUUUUUCUCCUUUCUGCAGAUCCACCAUCGCCACCAUCGCCACCAUCACCUCCGUUCUUUCACCUCGAAUCUUCACCAUCCCCAUGCAGAUCUGGCUUUGUUUUUUGUUUUGUGUGGGUUUUUUUGGUUUGUUUGUUUAUAUGUUGGUUUGCUUUGUUUGUUUGUUGUUUUUUGCUCUAUUCGGUGCAGAUCCGGCGGCCUUCUUUCUCCUCCGGCAGAUCUGUGGCGGCGCGCGCGAGGGCUGCCAAAUCUAACGCCCAUCGCGGCUCCCCUGCUGGUUCCGAGACGACGGCAGGCUUGAUCGGGAUACCGCCUGGGUAUCCUGCUGCCACCCCCCAGCCAAAACGACGUUGUUUUGGCUGGGGAUUCUUUUUUUUUUUUUUUUUCCUUCUUGCAUAAUGUACCGGUCAAAUUUCGAUGUACCGGCCGGUACCCGAAAUUUCGGCCGGUACACCGAAAUUUGACCGGUACACCUGAAAUUUGACCAAAACGAAAUCUUAACUUAUUCCGUUUCGGUUAACCUUCAAAACCGAAUAUGAUGAAGGUCUACAUCCUUGCAAAUGAGCUUAGGGCAUGGAUUGUGACUAUGAAAGAUCCAUAUGUGCCUAUGAAAGUUGUUGGAGAAAAUGAGGUGCCAAAGGAAGAAGUUGAAUGGAAUGAUGAAGACUUGGGGAAGAUCAUGAUCAAUAACAAAGCAAUCAACAUGCUUCAAUGUGCUCUCAAUCCAACAGAAUUCCAUAGAGUUUCUAGGUGUGAUACGGCUAAGGAAAUGUGGGACAAGUUAGAAAUGAAACCGGAGGAAAGCAGUCAAGAUAUGUAUAUAAGGUUGAAUGAUAUAGUCACAAAUCUCAAGGCUCUUGGUAAAGUUUAUUCUUCUCAAAAAGUGGUAAGGAAGGUUCUUAGAAGCUUGCCUAAGAAUUGGGAAGCCAAGAAGACCGCAAUUGAAGAGUCUAAGGAUCUCAACACCCUCAAGCUUGAUGAUCUCAUUGGAAAAUUGAUGACAUAUGAGAUGGAUAUUCAAGUUGAUGGUGGAGUUAAAGUAGUUGAGAAGAAGAAGAAUGUUGUAUUCAAGGCCAACAACCAAAAGGAAGAGAGUGAAGAUGAUGCUAGUAAUGAUGAGUCUAGCGAUGAGGAGGACAUCACCAAAUUGGUUUCAAAGGAAGUGAAGAAAUACAUGAAGAAGAGCCUCAAAGGGAAAUCCUUUAGAAGAAACAAGGAAAUUCACUAUUCUAGAGGAAUAAUAUGUAGUGAUGAUGAUGAUAGAGGAAAACCAACUAAGAAGCAUAUCAAAUGCUAUGAGUGCAACAAGAUGGGGCAUUAUAGAAAUGAAUGCCCUCAAUUGAAGAAGGGUGAAAGGAAAAACAAUAAGUGCAUGAAGAAGAAAGCUUUUACCGCCACUUGGAGCAAUGAUGAGACUAGCUCAACAAAAAGUGAAAGCUCCUUGGAGAAUGUGUUGCAAUUCUUUGCUUCAUGGCUCAAGAGGAUAGCUACAAUGAUAAGGAGGUAAACUCUAACUUCUCUAGUUCAAUUAAUGAGAGUUCUUUUGAGUAUUCUUAUGAUGAUUUAUGCAAAGUUCUUAAUUGCUCUAUGAAUGAUAUCAAGAAACUAGGGAAUGAAAAUCUUGCUCUUAAUAAAACCAUUUCAUUGCU